AUAACCUGUAUACUAGUCAUUGGAGAUCUCUUGGUAUCCGUCCCUGUGUGCCCGUAAAAAUUUCUAUGUGACCGGAACCGCGCAGUCGACAAUCGGAACUGAUUAUCCGGAAAGGAAUAAAGCACUUAGGAUUUCAAUUCUGGAUUAAUCAAUGGCGAUGGUGCAUUCUAUCUGUAAAUUAUUGCUAAAGUUUCCGCUGACAACCGGCCAUAUUGCGGUUACAUCGUUCUCAUCUUCCCUCAUUUGGCCCACCCGCCGCUGCGCCCUCUCAAUCUCUUCAUUCAAUAAAGCAAAACAUGCGAUGAGUUGGAAGGAAAGUAGGGAACGAGUUAGGGGAAUUAUGGCUAUAUUUUCAGCGGAGUUCAGCACCCCCGCAACUUCGGCAGACGAUAAGGCUAUAGACGGCCGGGAGUACUUGAUGAUGUCAGAGGAGCAGCUGCUGCGGCAGUGCGAGAUGAAUACAUUCAAGUCGUCCGGCCCGGGCGGACAACACCGUAACAAGAGAGAGUCUGCUGUGCGGCUCAAGCACCGUCCCACCGGUAUUGUUGCUCAAGCUGCAGAAGAUCGGUCUCAGCACAUGAAUCGUGCCUCGGCACUUAAUCGAUUGCGAGCUCAACUGGCUCUUAAAGUGAGGAACCACGUAGAUCUUGAUGCUUACGUACCUCCAGAAGAGCUACUUCAGAUACUUCCCGCUAAAUCAUCUAUCAAGGGGCCUCAUUUUGGGCCCAAGAUUGGACCAAAUAAUGCAAAUUUUAUUCCGGGAAUGCAAGCAUUACUUGAUCUAGUUUUUGCUGUUGAGGGUUCUGUAUCUGAAGCAGCUAAGAGGUUGGGGUUAAGCACUGGGGCUUUAUCAAGGCUAAUAUUAUCAGAUGAUUCCCUUAGGAUGGCUGUCAAUGAGUUCAGAGCAUCUAAGGGUAUGAAACCACUCAAGUAGGACGGAUGGCUAUCGAAUAUGUGAUCUCUCUUGGGUAAUAUUAAAUAUUUACUUAGAUAUUGUGUACUUUCUAAAUUGGCAUUGUUUAGAGUGCUCGAGUAUUGAAAUCCUACUCCCCCGGGCUUACAGUUCAUAUAAACUCUUUUAGGGGUGAGAAUUAGAGAAUGACAUGACUGAACUAUGGAACUAUAUGUACUUAAUUGUAAAUUACUACCAUCAAGUAGUACAUAAAUUUAGAGUAUUUCAAAGUACAUAACUACAUAAGUUUACUUAAAAUGUAGUGAUGUAACUUUGGUGUACCAUGGGUACAAUUCCGUGUGAAGCUCAGAUAAUAGAUCUUCAUAUUGAGUAUGCACUUCGGUCAUCC